CUUUUCCUUUCCGUAUCCGCAAUUGCAUCGCAGAUCUCUGACAAGUAACAACCACUGCUCUCUUCCAUUUCCGUCUGGCCCUCUUCCUUCCCAAAAUAUAAUUUCCCUCUUCUCCAACGUGAACUCCCCAAAUACGGAAAAUCCCAAUCGAUUCCAUUUUUUUAUAUAAUAAAAAUGGAAUCCGAGAUGAAGGAUUUGAAUUCCAAGCCACCGAAGCCCCGUCCACCGGAGUCCGCCAUGCACGAUAGCGCCACCGCCAAGGACGAUCGGCCUCUCCUCAAGCCCGAGGCCGUCGGUGUUUCAAUCGAAAGCCUCCAGGACAUGGAGAAGAAAUUCGCUGCUUAUGUACGGAAUGAUGUGUACGGGCCCAUAGGACGCGGCGAGUUGCCAUUGCUGGAGAAGGUCCUGCUCCCUUUGGCUUGUGUCACGCUGGUGCCGAUACGAGUUAUUGUUGGCAUGAGUGUAUUAGUGCUCUAUUACUUGAUUUGUCGGAUUUGUACUCUCUUCUCGUCGCCGAAUCGGGAUGCGGAGCAGGAGGAUUACGCGCACAUGGAAGGUUGGAGGAGAGCCGUGAUUGUCUGGUGCGGGAGGUUUUCCUCUCGAGUAAUGCUCUUCGUGUUUGGGUUUUAUUGGAUUAACGAGACAUAUCGGAAUCCGGAAGUUUCACAAGACAAGCUCUCAUCCACCAAUGAGGAGGAGGGCAAAGAACAAUCAGAAUACCCUGAAAGACUUGGAGCAAUUGUAUCUAAUCAUGUAUCAUAUUUGGAUAUUCUGUACCAUAUGUCUUCUUCUUUUCCGAGCUUUGUUGCUAAGAGAUCAGUGGCUAAACUUCCUCUUGUUGGUCUCAUCAGCAAGUGCCUUGGUUGUGUUUAUGUUCAGAGGGAGUCUAAGUCAUCUGACUUCAAGGGUGUUGCAGGUGUUGUGACUGAAAGAAUUAAGGAAGCUCACCAAAAUGGGUCUGCCCCUAUCAUGAUGCUUUUCCCAGAGGGCACAACUACAAAUGGAGACUACAUCCUUCCAUUCAAGACGGGUGCCUUUUUAGCAAGAGCUCCUGUGCGCCCGGUGAUACUAAGGUAUCCUUACCAGAGAUUCAGUCCUGCCUGGGACUCAAUAUCCGGGGCUCGCCAUGUACUAUUCCUUCUUUGCCAAUUCAUUAAUCACAUGGAGGUGACAUGGUUACCUGUCUACAACCCAUCACAGCAAGAGAAAGAUGAUCCAAAGCUCUAUGCCGAUAAUGUUCGAAGAUUGAUGUCUAGAGAGGGCAAUUUGAUAAUGUCAGACAUUGGGCUAGCAGAGAAGAGAAUAUACCAUGCUGCUCUCAAUGGUUUGUUUUCCGAAUGCUAGUUUGGAUUCGCCACUCUGUAUAUUCUUUGUAUGAUUCUGUUUAGCUAGCAAUACUAUUAGAAUUCAUAUAGCAAAUCACAUGGGAAACGGGUAUCUUCACUGUCGUUGGUUGAAAAUGUAUUUACCUGGACGGCUGGACUCUGAGGCAUCAUUUUGGAGCAUUACUGGCGAAUGUUCUUUCUUGUUCAGUGGGUGGCUGCUUAGGCGUUGCUGCUUAGGCGUUGCUGCUGGUGCUGCUUAACUUGGUAUUCCUCUGUAGAUUUUAGUACUAGUUACUCAUCCACGUUAUCUUACCCUUUCUUUUUUUAAUACCGCAAUUAUUUGAAGGAAAUUUACACCUAUACGUAUAUUUCAAGCUUCCGCUAACAAUAGAAAUUUGUUACAGAU